CAUAGACUAUGAGCCAUAGACAUACAUUGGAAAAAUAUGUUCUGUCAUAGAUUUUAUAUGAUUUUAUACGUUACAAUUUGAGUUUUGAGUUUUUAGUGUCACCCUGUUACCUGAUAGGAUGCAACCAUGCCACCUGCAACAAAAAGAGAUGUUGCAGUAAUAGUGUUUGAUAUUGAUAGGUCUAACAAGGAAUUUUAUGAGAAAUCUUUGAAUUUUUUGUUUGAUAUAAGCAGCAGAGAAUGGUUUUUCUCACCCAAGAACUCAGUGCAGUUGUUGCUAUUAAAUUCAAAUGAAAGCAAGAAUUGUCUUCAGAAACCCAAUAUUCUUGAAGUUUUUAAACAUUUUAUCCAGUUUAGUCCUACUAUCAUUAAGGAAGAUAUUGAAAAGGCUAAAUAUGUAGCAAAUAAAGCCACGUGGAUUGAUGCCAUAACUGUUGGUUUAAAAAUAUUAAGUAAUGAAAUUGACACACAGGCUGGAAUAGUUUCAGCUCAGCUUGUAUUAAUAUCAAAAAACUAUUCAAACAUCUCAAGUGCUCAUACUAAAGAUAUAAAAGCAGCUAUUAAGACACAGAAUAAAUGUAAUAUAAAGACAAUAAUAGUUGGGCUCUCUGUAUCGGUGGGGUUUAUAAGAGACAUGCAUGAACUAAAUGUUUGGGCUAAGAAUCCAAUCAUUUUGGAUGAAAUAAAUGAAGAAAGCAAACAUGCUUUAGAAACGAUGUGCAAAGAUUCAGAAACACUGAUUUGUGAUUUAAAGUUGGGAAGGGAUCUUUUUGUUGCCUUUCGAACAAAAACCAAAAUGUAUCCAUGGAAUGCAUUGCUGUCCAUAGGAACUAGUCUAGAAAUACCUACUUCCAUGUAUCACUUGUUGAAAGGGGAAGGAGCUGUUUCUGUACAACCUCCAAGAAAUUUGAAUCCUAAUUAUUUCACGUGGGUAUAUGCAGAAGAUGAAACUAGAAAAGUAGCACAUGAUAAUGUGGUACAUGGUGUUCUAAGAUGGAACAAGGUUGUAGCAUUUGAAGAUAACUUAAAGAAAUAUUUUAAAGUUGAGGGUCCAAAAAAUUUUACAUUGAGAGGUUUUACAGAAAAGAAGAACAUUCCAGAGAGUAUUUUCCUAGAAGAUGGAACCUCAGUAUUGGCUCCAAAUUUUAAUGAUCCACAUUCACACAAAUUACUGUACCUGUUUUAUAAAUGUUUGUUAGAGACUGAUAAAGUUGGUAUUGCCAGUAAAGUUUAUGCUCGAAACAAUCAGCCAAGAUUGGUUGCCCUCAUUCCAGAUGAAAACCAUCAAACAAUUUUAGUCAACCAAUUGCCAUAUGCUGACGACGUUAUCGCCACUUGUACUGUAGAGGCUCCUGAAAAAAAUGAAAGUGUUAAUGAGGAACAAACUGAAGAAGAAAAAGAAGUUUUUGAAUUUGUAAACAGUCUGAUGGUACCUGUAGAGGACUUUCACCUAAGUCCUCAACUAUCUGUGAAUCCUAGAUCAGCUCAAAUGGCAAUAAAAAUAGCCAAAAAAUUUUUAGGAAUAUGUGAAAGUGAAAAUGAGAAUUUAAAGUUACCAUCUUCAAAGGGUUCCGCUUUUGAAACGCGAUUUCCUGUUGUAAAAGAAACCAAAGAGGGUGAAAGAGGUGAAGCUGAAGCACAAGCUGAUACUAACGAAGAUAGAGAAGAAAUUUAUGAUGAUAAUCUACUAUAAGGUUUUUGAAAAUGUAUGUGUUUUUUUGUUUUGAUUGUUUAUUUUACUUUUGUAUUUUUUAAAAUACCUUUUACAAAGAAUUAUAAUUUUGUUUAAUAAAUUCUUGUUCUUUAGUAUUAUAUAUAUAUUUAAAAAUGGGAAAAAAUAUUUUCAUACGAAGAA